CACAUAGAGGCGGCUCCCGCCCCCCGCCGCGCAGGCGCCGUGCCGGGGGGAGCGGCUCCGGGCCUCGGGAAGAGGCGGCCCAGCGGCGCGGCUCCUCCCCGUGCCCCAGCCCGGCCGGCCGCGGGCUGCUGCCGCCGGUUGUGCUCGCUGCGGGCCGGCUGUGUGAGAACUGCCUGUUUGUCCAGGUUGCAGGCUCUAUGGCUCGUGAGGCAGCGCUUAGAAGAGCAGUCGCUUGGAGCUGUGGGCUGCACAAGUCUGCAGCUCUGCUUUUGGUUCGGCUACAUCUGCUUUGACUGAGUUCAAGGCAUUCACUGGAGUCUUCCCAGGGACGAUGUCGUCUUUGACGAUGAAAGCUCAUUGCCGGGACAAAAGAGGAAGUUUCUUUAAGUUCUGUGCAGUCAGCAAGAAACAGGAGUCAUUUGGGGACAGGAGCUGCUUCUCAGUUUUGCUGAGUGAUUUUUCAGUGACCAGUUGUACUUCCAAAUCAUAGCAAGAAAUGGUCUCAGCCAGGAAGAAUGUUUCUAGGUUGUCACUUAAGCAUGCGCUGAAGGAAGAAUGAUGUCAGUGGGACUGUAAGCAAAUCUCCAAAUACUUUUCUGCAGUGCAUUGAUACCUCCUUGUCUCAUUGACACAAUUGCCUCAGAAAUCGGAGAACUGAAACAGGAGAUGGUUCAGACAGAUGUCACAGUGGAAGAUGAGCCUGAAGAUUUGCGAAGUCUAGUAAAGAACAUGGAUAAUGCCUCUCCAGAGAAAAAGGAUGUAAAAGGCUGCCCUCGGGACUCUGGAUAUGACAGCCUAUCCAACAAGCUGAGUAUAUUGGACAAGCUUCUCCAUACUCACCCUGUGUGGCUCCAGCUUGGUCUGAAUGAUGCCGAGGCCACAGAAAUUCUGCGUGCACAGCCUCCUGGGAUAUUUUUGGUUAGGAAAUCUUCAAAGCUGCUGAAGAAGGUCAUAUCUCUGCGUCUGCCAGGUGACUCUGGGUCCUGCCUGAAGGAAUUUGCAAUAAAAGAAAGCACAUACACGUUUUCCUUAGAGGGGUCUGGAAUAAGUUUUGCUGAUUUAUUCAGGCUCAUUGCUUUCUACUGUAUUAGUAGGGAUGUCCUUCCAUUCACCCUGAAGUUGCCUCAUGCUAUUGCUGCAGCAAAGACAGAAGCUGAACUUGAAGAGAUUGCUCAGCUUGGACUGAGCUUCUGGAGCUCUCCAUCUAACAGCAGCCCCUCAGAUGCUUCACCUCCCCGUAAGCCUGGGCCUUCAGACAGUGCUUGCAAAGACUCGCGUCAGCUCUGCCUUAUAAAUGGAGUGCAUUCUAUACGAACCAGAACGCCUUUGGAACUGGAGUGCAGCCAGACCAACGGAGCUCUGUGUUUCAUUAAUCCCCUCUUCUUAAAAGUGCACAGCCAGGAUGUCACUGGAAGUCUGAAAAGGCAGAGCCUGAAAUCUCAGGACGUGAAUGGUACUGAGAGGCCUCGCUCCCCCCCACCCCGGCCACCACCUCCUUCUAUUAAUAGCGUCCUCACGAGUCCACAGCUUUCCAGGACUAUAAAGCAGGCGAGCGUGCCAGAAACAGUCAACCAUAAGAAAGAGAGAGACUUGGAUUUGCUGCAGAGUAAACCAACCCCUAUUCCGCCUCCUCGGCUGAAGAAGCAGGCUGUUUGUGCAGAGCUGGAGGGCGGCAGCUCAAAGCCCACGGCCGUAAUUCAACCUGCCUGCAAUUCUGUGCGUGUCCCCGCAGCCGCUGACGUUGUAGGUGAAACCCCCCCACCUCAGCCAGCUCCAGCGGCUGCCAAGAAGACUGCAGUUAGCAGCUCUGAGUCACACGUACCCUGGAAUGGAGGCAGGCAGAGGCUGAGCGACAUGAGCAUUUCUACCUCCUCCUCUGACUCGCUGGACUUCGAUCGGAGCAUGCCGUUGUUUGGCUACGAGGGGGACACUAACAGCAGCCUGGAGGAUUAUGAGGGGGAAAGUGACCAAGAGAGCAUGGCACCUCCGUUGAAACCCAAGAAGAAAAGGAACAGUUCGUUUGUUCUCCCCAAGAUUGUGAAAUCCCAGCUACGGAAAGUUAGUGGAGUUUUCAGUUCCUUCAUGACCCCUGAAAAAAGAAUGAUUAAGAAGAUUGCAGAGAUGUCGCGGGACAAACGCACUUACUUUGGAUGCCUGGUGCAGGACUAUAUCAGCUUUCUCCAGGAAAACAAGGAGUGCCACGUUUCCAGCACAGAUAUGCUGCAAACAGUUCGGCAGUUCAUGACCCAAGUUAAGAACUAUUUGUCCCAAAGCUCUGAACUCGAUCCCCCAAUCGAAUCGCUGAUUCCAGAGGACCAAAUAGAUGUUGUCCUGGAGAAAGCCAUGCAUAAAUGCAUUCUGAAGCCAUUGAAGGGUCACAUAGAAGCGAUGCUGAAAGAGUUUCAUACUGCAGAUGGUUCUUGGAAACAGCUAAAGGAAAACCUGCAGCUGGUCCGGCAGAGGAAUCCUCAGGAACUGGGUGUGUUCGUUCCAACACCAGACUUCGUGGAUGUUGAAAAGAUUAAAGUCAAGUUCAUGACCAUGCAGAAAAUGUACUCACCUGAAAAGAAAGUCAUGCUGCUGCUGAGAGUUUGCAAACUGAUUUAUACAGUUAUGGAGAAUAACUCAGGGAGGCUGUAUGGAGCUGAUGACUUCUUGCCUGUGUUGACGUAUGUAAUAGCUCAGUGUGACAUGCUGGAGCUGGAUACUGAAAUUGAGUACAUGAUGGAAUUGCUGGAUCCAUCUUUGCUGCAUGGAGAAGGAGGCUAUUACUUGACAAGCGCUUAUGGAGCACUUUCGCUGAUCAAGAAUUUCCAGGAGGAACAAGCUGCCAGGCUGCUAAGUUCAGAAGCCAGAGAUACUCUCAGGCAGUGGCACAAGAGGAGGACGACUAACAGGACGAUACCUUCAGUUGAUGAUUUUCAGAACUACCUUCGAGUUGCAUUCCAGGAAGUGAACAGUGGAUGCACAGGAAAGACCUUACUAGUAAGACCGUAUAUCACUACAGAAGACGUAUGCCAGCUCUGUGCUGAGAAGUUCAAAGUGGACAACCCAAAAGAAUACAGCCUCUUUCUUUUUGUUGAUGAUACCUGGCAGCAACUGACGGAAGACACCUACCCACAGAAGAUUAAGGCUGAGCUGCACAGCCGUCCGCAGCCCCAGGUCUUUCACUUUGUCUACAAGCGCAUUAACAGUGAUCCAUACAGUGCCAUUUUUCAGAACGACGACUCUGCCUCUUAAAGCCAGCAACUUACACUUUAACUUCUGUUUGCUUACCUGUUGAAAAUAACCUUGUUGGCUCCCCACCUUAGGAGCUGAAACAGUCUAUGCAGGUUUUAAACCAUAAAUACCUAGCAAAAUGUGUGCAGACACAUCUAGUGUUGCUUAGAAAAGACAAUAAUAUGUGUAAACCGUGCAUAUGGCUAGUUGUGCACGAUAUUCCACCAGAGCGUUUGAGUAAGCAGCCCACGAAGCUGAAUUUCUUGUACCACAGACUUGCUUGAAAUGAAACAUAUUAUACUGUGGCCCUCUGCAGUUCUUUCUGCUGUAGUAUGCCAAAAUCUAUUUUCUUACACUCGUCCUUUAGCCAAAUGUCAGUUUGAUUUUAAAUAUACGUACGUUAGAUAAUUACUUCAGCAAACUCUCUGGUGUGUGCUCAGUUUCACCAGCGUGAGUUGGACAAGACUGUCCGAUGCAGGGCAUCAGUUAGCUCAUUACCUGGAUGAUUGCAUCCUUUUCUAAUUGUUUUUUUGUUUUUUAUUACAGAAAAGCUCCAUGUUUUUAUAUAUAUUUCCUAGAAAUUUUAUAGCAGUUGCAGGUAAACUGUCAGGGUUGUUUUUUAAAAUAUUUUUUUAACUAUAAAAUAUUCUAUAAUUAUGCAUGUGAUUUUAACACUUAAUAUACAAGAAUAAAUCUCUUGCUGGUUUUAGAGUAUUGCAUUAAAAGUCUCUUUGGUUCCUCUUCUUUUCCUGUUACAGGAGAGUUUAUGACAUAUCUGUUAUGCUAUGAAGAUUGUAACGUUGGCACUGGUAAUUUCAGUGCCUUUAUCAGAACGUUAGGUACUGUUAUCCGGAUUGUUGUUUAUAUGCAUUGUGUUAGAUAGAACUGGGUGGUUGGAAGGGGAAGUUGAAAGAAGAGGAUGUGGAGAAGGGGCAGAGAAAGAAUUUAAGAACCGAAUUUGGGAUUAAAAUGUGUUAGUCUGCUGGUUCAGGCUCCUUGCAGAAAAUGAGCAAAGGUUGGCAAGGAAUUUAGGUGUAAACCUUUGUGUAGAUUUGCAGAGGGAUUUGACAGCACCUCUCCCAGAUACUGCUGGUGUUAGCAGAGGGUUAGAUGUAUUUGUACAUUGAAUGAGAACACUAACCAUUUUGUAUAGUCUGUCAGCACCAUCAAGACGUGUUUUGGACUGGAGAGUAUGUUGUAGCAUUUCAUGACUCUUAGGUUACUCAGUAGGUGACAUGCGAAGGUCAGAGUCCUACGUGUACAAAGAUAAAAUGGUAUUGAAUAUGUGUGUUCUGUAGGCUUGUGCAAGAUAGCUGGUGCUGUGGGUGAUGCUGUGGGUCCUACUCAAGUCACGUAGGGCUGUUUUUGUGUUGUUUUUUAUCCUAGAGAGACGUGGAGUUCUCUCCAGGUCCUUUGUGGGCAGAUGAUUGCAGAAAUACAUCACAAGCAACACGUGUAUUGUACAUACAAAGACCUGUAGCAUUUAUAAUGUUAGUUUGCCAUGUAUUUGAAACCCCUGGCACAUGUUGUAUUUCAUUUUGUAAAAGGCAAAUGGUGAAUUUUGCACAUAAUACAUUGUAAUACUGAAUUCAA